UCCGUCAUCUGAUCGGAGAGGAGGAACUGAUAGUAGGUGUGAGUAGAUGAGUGUAGACAGUGUCUUCUUCGAGAGAAGAAUUGCUAUCUGGACUUUGAAUACUCAUUAGAUCGAACCAUUACAACAUGACAGAGCGAGGUCAUGGAGGUCGGACGGACCAUCUGGAUCACUUGCAGAACGAUGUGAGCGAGGUGACCUCACUCCUCCGACAGAAUGUAGAAGGUGUGUCCUACAGAGGAGACAAGAUAGAUGACCUCCAGGAAAGGUCAGAGGAUUUGGAAUCAGGCUCCAUCAAUUUCAAGAAGACAUCUGUUCGACUGAAGAAGAAAAUGUGUUGGCAGAACUGUAAGAUGAACUGUAUUAUUGCCAUCGUUGCUGUCAUCAUCGUUGCCAUCAUCGUGAUCAUCAUUGUUGUUGAAGUAAAGCCCGGAAGUUCUGGAGGGGGAGGUAGUCACAACAGCACACUUAGCCUGGAAGACUGA